AUGGAGACUACGGAACAUGCCGAUUCCAAUGGCGACGGAAACCACCUGGAGGCCCCUGAGGAUGCUCAGGCCGCCUACAUUCGAAAACUUGAGGAUCGCCUCGUCGCCCUUGAGAACAAAAUGCUCAGCAUAGAGUCUGCGAGGUCAGAGAAGAGUGGCUCCAUGAAAGAGGACCAAGCAGAUUUGUCGGAAAAUCAUGAUUCUGUAAAAGUCGACAAAUCCUCGCUAAAGUCGGGUCACGACGGCUCCUCAAGUAGCGAUGGCGAUGUAGACAAGGAAAACGCAAAAGCAGAACAUCCAUCCUUCCCGCCAACUAUUGCAGAGGUUCGAUUUAUGGACCUUGUUCAAGCCAGUCAUCAUGUUUUCAAGACGCCAACUAUCCCCGCAAUCGAGCUCAUAUGCUUCCCUAACAAGAAGGAUGAAGAAGAAAUUAAGCUCACUUCGUUCAGAAAGACUUUCAAGGACGUCAGCCCAAAGGAAGCAAUAGAAAUAAUCAAUGCAAACUACAUGAAGCCACAUGAGGCGGAUAUGAGCUUGCAGUUUGACUUUAUCAAUAUUCUUUCACUGCCCCUUUCUCAGCUUCUCUGGUCAACUUACUAUAACGAAACCCUGCAGCCAGAUCGAAUGGCCAGUUUUGGGAAACCCUGGAUCUCAUCUAUCUAUCGCCACGAAGAGGUGAAGAAUAAGCUUGCAGAAAUGGAGAAAGAACAAGAGCGACCACCAGACUCGGAAGCUGAACCUCUGGACAAAAGUGGCAAGAACAGCAACCUAUUGGACGAAUUUCGAGCAUAUAUACGACUGAUGGAGGAUACUAUCAUGCCUUACUAUGCUGGAUUCAAGACAAAGACGGCAGCAGACAACUUGAAGAUUUACUAUUAUGAUAUUUGGCAUUUGUUUGAACCCGGGGAAAUUAUAUUUUACCCAGAAGCCAAGGAAACACCCUCCAAGUCGGACUACACCAAACUCCAAAGGAGUAAAAGACCAGACCAGAAACUAUGGAGAGUCUACACGAGAUUGCGGAGAGGUGAAGAAUACUGGGUGAAGGCAUAUUGUAUUGAUUACGAUGGUGAAUCCUAUGUCUGCGUGAAGGAGUGGUUCUGCAUCGAGAAGUUCGAGGGAAGAAGGAGCGUCAAUUCUCUCACAGUAUAUCCCGUUCGAUUUGCGGCUAACGGAACUAAGCUCUUGGAGGAUGCCACGGAAGCUGGCAGAGAAUUUAUGAAGAACCGGGACUCGAAGCUAAUGGGACACGAAGGAUGGAGUUCGAUUUCGGACCAAGACUCAGGUACAAGCCUCAUUUACACAUCUGGCGAUGUUAUGAUCGACUUUGCGGAAACCUUCAGAGUCCAUCCCGACUGGAAGCCUAUUUCUAUGGUCCCCGCAACAUACUAUCCGGGGGGCUGGGGGUCGGAACAAGAGGACGAUGAUAGGUCAAGGUGGUACUGGACUGAGGGAAAAGAGCUUAAAUGGCAUCAUCCCGAGAUGGUUUACCUUGGUGAUAACCAAAUGGCGCGGCGCACCAAAAGAGAGUACAUCUUGGAGAAGGACAAAUUUCUAUCAUGGUUACUCAAAAAAGCCUCAUCCAAGUGGACGCCGCAAGAGGAAGAUCUAUGUCUACUUCCCAGUAGGCUUUUCGGUUAUUCGUUCCAAGACCGAAGAUUUGUCUCAGUGGAUGCCAAAAACCUUCGACAAAUUGAAGAUAACAAAAACAAAUUCAAGAAUCUGAUCAUCGAUCAGACUCACGAGGGUAUGCUUCUAGCAUUGGUUGAAUCCCACUUCAGGCGAAAGGAGAUCAACGAAACUACAGGCAUUUCUACGAAUCAGGAUAUCGUCCAGAACAAGGGGAGAGGCUUGGUUAUUCUACUACAUGGUGUUCCAGGUGUUGGCAAGACAUCUACUGCGGAAAUGAUCGCGAGUACAUUUCAAAGACCUCUUCUCCCCAUCACUUGUGGUGAUCUGGGAUUGGAUCCUGCGACAGUAGAAAAGUCUUUGAAGCAAAUGUUCCGAGUGGGACAACUCUGGGAUUGCAUCUUGCUGCUUGAUGAGGCAGACGUAUUUCUAUCAGAGCGAGUGUCAUCUGAUUUGAAUCGCAAUGCACUGGUAUCAGUUUUCCUACGCGUCCUAGAUUACUAUUCGGGCAUUCUGUUUCUCACAACAAAUCGGGUGGGCACCACCGAUGAAGCAUUCAAGUCCAGGAUCCACAUCAGCCUGUAUUAUCCAUACCUUGACCUUGACCAAACAGAGAAAAUAUGGGCGGUCAACCUUGAAAGACUAGCCGUUAUAGAGGCAGAGCAGAGUGCCAUCCAGCCGCCUCUAUCAAUAGACAAGGAAGACAUCCUCAAAUUUGCCAAAAGACAAUACGAGAAAAGCAAUUUCGGAAAAGGCAGAUGGAACGGAAGACAAAUCCGCAAUGCAUUCCUCAUCGCCUCAGCCCUCGCACACUAUGAGAAGACGCAUGGGCAUAAGAAAGACGAUAACAAGCACGACCUUAGCUCCCGGCAUUUCAGAACAGUCGUGAAAGCUGGAACUGGAUUUGAAAGAUACCUACUUCAAGCGAGGGGCAUGACGGAUCAAGAAGCAGCAUAUCGUGAUGGUACUAGGGCCGAUCACGUCCUGUCAGCAGAGGGUGGUGCUGCACCAAGAACACCCUUGCCAACAUCGGCACAACCUGCCCAACCUCCGGCUCAUCCAGCUGCUUGGGCAGGUCAAUACGCUUCUCAUCCGCCCUUCACGCCUCCUCGAAAUGCCUCUACGUAUAACCUCGCCCAUCAUUCACCCGCCAACAGUUUGCAUCCUCAGCAGCCGCCGCAGCCCCAACAUUAUGUCUAUGAGGCAGCUGCUCCGCUGGACACAUUUGGUCAACCCCCAAUGGCUACAGGUUAUCCCAUUCAACGGGCACUGACGCCAGGAUCAUCUCAGCCGCAGCCUCAAGCGCAUGGAUGGAUUACGCAUGGCCACCACCCGCCUGAUUAUGAUUCAGAUAUUUAG